CUCCUGCUUCCGGGUCUGUCACGUGACUCCUCUACCGCACCAUGGAGGAAGCAGAGGAACAGGAAACCGGCUCUCUUGAAGAAUCCACGGAUGAGUCUGAGGAAGAAGAGAGUGAAGAGGAACCCAAGCUGAAAUAUGAAAGGCUUUCUAAUGGGGUGACAGAAAUUCUUCAGAAGGAUGCAGCUAGCUGCAUGACAGUCCAUGACAAGUUUUUGGCACUGGGCACACAUUAUGGCAAGGUUUAUUUACUUGAUGUCCAGGGAAACAUCACUCAGAAGUUUGACGUAAGCCCUGUGAAGAUAAAUCAGAUUAGCCUGGAUGAAAGUGGAGAGCACAUGGGCGUGUGUUCAGAGGAUGGCAAGGUGCAGGUGUUUGGACUGUAUUCUGGAGAAGAAUUUCAUGAGACUUUCAACUGUCCCAUUAAAAUCAUUGCUGUGCACCCACAUUUUGUGAGAUCCAGUUGUAAGCAGUUUGUGACCGGGGGCAAGAAGCUUCUGCUGUUUGAGCGGUCGUGGAUGAACAGAUGGAAGUCUUCUGUCCUGCAUGAAGGGGAAGGCAAUAUUCGCAGCGUGAAGUGGAGGGGCCAUCUGAUCGCCUGGGCAAAUAACAUGGGUGUGAAAAUUUUUGACAUCACCUCAAAGCAAAGAAUCACCAAUGUGCCCCGGGAUGACGUGAGCCUCCGCCCAGAUAUGUAUCCCUGCAGCCUCUGCUGGAAGGACGGCGUGACCCUGAUCAUUGGCUGGGGGACAUCUAUCACGAUAUGUUCAGUGAAGGAACGGCAUGCUGGUGAAAUGCGAGAUUUGCCGAGUCGCUAUGUUGAGAUCGUGUCUCAGUUUGAAACUGAAUUCUACAUCAGUGGACUUGCACCUCUCUGUGACCAGCUUGUUGUUCUUUCCUAUGUAAAGGAGGUUUCAGAAAAGAUGGAAAGAGAAUACUGUGCCAGGCCAAGGCUGGACAUCAUCCAGCCACUCCCUGAGACUUGCGAGGAGAUCUCCUCUGAUGCCUUGACAGUCAGGGGCUUCCAGGAGAAUGAAUGCAGGGACUACCAUUUAGAGUACUCCGAAGGGGAAUCGCUCUUCUACAUCGUGAGUCCAAGGGAUGUCGUCGUGGCCAAGGAGAGAGACCAGGAUGAUCACAUCGACUGGCUCCUCGAGAAGAAGAAAUAUGAAGAAGCUUUGAUGGCAGCCGAAAUUAGCCAAAGGAACAUUAAAAGGCAUAAGAUUCUGGAUAUUGGCUUGGCGUAUAUAAAUCACCUGGUGGAAAAGGGAGAAUAUGACAUAGCAGCACGCAAAUGCCAGAAAAUUCUUGGGAAAAAUGCAGCACUCUGGGAAUGUGAAGUUUAUAAAUUUAAAGAAAUCGGACAGCUUAAGGCUAUUAGUCCUUAUUUGCCAAGAGGAGAUCCAGUUCUGAAACCACUCAUCUAUGAAAUGAUCUUACAUGAAUAUUUGGAAAGUGAUUAUGAGGGUUUUGCCACAUUGAUCCGAGAAUGGCCUGGAGAUCUGUACAACAAUUCAGUAAUAGUUCAAGCAGUUCGAGAUCACCUGAAGAAAGAUAGUCAGAACAAGACUUUACUUAAAACCCUGGCAGAACUGUACACCUAUGACAAAAACUACGGCAAUGCUCUGGAGAUCUAUCUAACUCUGAGACAUAAGGACGUUUUCCAGUUGAUCCACAAGCAUAAUCUUUUCAGCUCUAUCAAGGACAAGAUAGUUUUGUUAAUGGAUUUUGAUUCGGAGAAGGCUGUUGACAUGCUUUUGGACAAUGAAGAUAAAAUUUCAAUUAAAAAGGUAGUAGAAGAACUAGAAGACAGACCAGAGUUACAGCACGUGUAUUUGCACAAGCUCUUCAAGAGAGACCAUCACAAGGGGCAACGCUACCAUGAGAAGCAGAUCAGUCUCUAUGCUGAGUAUGAUCGGCCCAACUUGCUGCCGUUUCUCCGAGACAGCACGCACUGCCCACUGGAGAAGGCUCUUGAAAUCUGUCAACAGAGAAACUUUGUAGAGGAGACUGUGUAUCUUCUAAGCCGGAUGGGCAACAGCCGAAGUGCCCUGAAGAUGAUCAUGGAGGAGUUGCAUGAUGUGGAUAAAGCAAUUGAAUUUGCCAAAGAGCAAGAUGAUGGAGAACUCUGGGAGGAUCUCAUUUUAUAUUCCAUUGACAAACCACCAUUUAUUACUGGCUUGUUAAACAACAUUGGCACACAUGUUGACCCGAUUCUACUGAUUCACCGAAUUAAGGAAGGAAUGGAGAUUCCCAAUCUAAGAGAUUCCUUAGUAAAAAUUCUGCAAGACUACAAUUUGCAGAUCCUGCUGCGGGAAGGCUGCAAGAAGAUUCUGGUCUCUGACUCCUUGUCCUUACUGAAGAAGAUGCACCGAACUCAAAUGAAAGGCGUUCUAGUGGAUGAGGAGAAUAUCUGUGAGUCCUGCCUGUCCCCCAUCCUCCCCACAGAUGCAGCCAAGCCCUUCAGUGCGGUUGUCUUCCACUGCCGCCACAUGUUCCAUAAGGAGUGCCUACCCGUGUCCGGUGUGAGCUCUACACAGUACUGCAACAUCUGCAGUGCCAAGAACCGCGGGCCAGGAAGCGCCGUUUUGGAGAUGAAAAAGUAGCCGGUUCUGCGGGGCAGCUCCUCCUCACCCCCCGACCCGUAAGGCUGCUCCUGCCAGCGCCCACGCCGUUCAGAGACUCGCUCACGCCUGUCACGCCUGUGUGCGCGCAAACGGUUCCUGCACCCUGCAAGUCUCCUGAGGCGGCGAGCUGUCCUGUGCCUGUUGGUUCACAGUCGGUGUCUCAUCAUUGGCUUGUUUGGCACAUUCUUUACUUAGCAACUGGAAGUCAAGUUUUGGGGUUAGAACUACUGAGAAGGUCCCGCUGCCUCAGGACAGGGCCAGCUGCAGUGGCCCCAUGCUCAGCUGCUGCCACUGCAUGGCCCUGUGGCCCUGCCCUCUGCUUGCUUCCCGGGCUCAGCUUUUUUGAUGUCAUUGCUUGGUGACCUUCCUAAUGGGCCUUUAAUGAAACACUGUGCAGCUUCUCAUUCAUUCCGAGACAUCUGGGCACCGCACUGGCACGCUGCUGGCAGCAGCUUUAUGCUUCCACACCUUGUGUUCUGUGCAUGCUGAUGACCAGCGGGGUGCCUGGCCGUCAGGUGCUCAGCAUUUGUGGACUGAAUAAAUGUUAGUAGCUCUUCUCAUUGCACAAGACUCACUUGCACUGGGUUGAGUGACUGUAAUCAGAAAGUUAUGAACAGAAGAAGUUUGAGUACCUCUGUCUGGGGAUUGUGGAGAGGGUUUGCAGGAGGCAGGAAAGUGGGGCGGGGUUCUCAGGAGAAAUGGGGUAGGGUCUCGUCUCCUUUGCCUUCUGUGGAGCCACUCCCAGAAUAACACGGAGAAUUCAAACUGAACUGACCUCCAUGUCUUCCAGCUUCCCCAGUUGGGCACCAUCGUCCCCGGGGCAUGGAGGGUGAAAACGUGUCUUCCUUGCACCUCCCUGUCCCUAGGUAGAGUGAGCAUGGCUUCCUGCUUCUGCCCUGCUGGGGGCCGCUGGGUGCUGAUGGCGCUCAGCCCUGUGGAGGACAUAGCUCAGCCAGCUGCUCCUGAGAACAGUUUAUUCUCCCAGCCCUGCAGGGAUGUCUGGGUCACAGAGCCUCCUACCCCAUAUCACUCCCCGCCCUUUCAGAGACACCAAAGCUGGGUGCAGAGGAAAUGCUCAGUGUGUCUCAUCCGUGAAGCUAAAAUUCUCUCGUGAACAACAGGUUGGUUAUAAAUACUAAGAACUGCAGGGGCAGUACUGCUGUUGAGUGGACCCCUCACUUUCUGAGUUCUCCCUGUGUCCAAGCUGGGGCUCUUUCCACUCUACUGCCAGUUCUUAAACGCUUCCUUCGCAAAAACAAACCAAAACCAAAACUCCAGGUUUUUUGUUCUUCUCAACGAUAACAGCCUAAAGAUCCAGCUUACUAAAUUUAUACCAAUCCCUUAUUUGAGCAGAUUCAUUUCCAGAAAAAUUCAGUUCUAAACCCAUCAACAGGGCUUACUGAUUUCAAUAAGUCAUUUUGUUCCAGGGUAAAUUAAACCAAGGCC